AUGCAGUAUCUCUCCAGCAUCUCUCAAGACCCGCGGCGAAAGUGGGACAGAUCGUUGCAGCUUCUUGGUGAGGUAUUGAGUGUGGGAGGCUCUGGCAAUGGAGACGACGGGUCCGAGGUCGAUCUGUCUAUGGCAUCAUGGGGCGAGCAGUGGGAUCGGCUCGAGAAGAAGAUGGAGGCGGCGCAGGCAAGCGGAGCCCAGAACGACGAACUUGUGACGCAGCAGCUCCAGCAGCAGCUGUGGAGGGUGUCGACGCUGCUGGAGGAGAUGCGGCAACACCCGGCGGGUUCGGUAGGAGCAUCGGGGUCAGCAUUGACGUCGGCGUCGACUAGCUGGGGCGGCAAUGGUGCGCGUGAAGACGGUUGGUGGUUGUAUCGUAAACUGGUGUGCGUUUUGGAUGGACCGCGGGCCUUUGCAGGCUGGAUAUGGUCGUGGAUGACGGGAGAUUCGAGACGCAAGCAUUCGUCAUUGUGGAGGACGGUGUACGACCGGGCCAGGGCGUUGGUCGAGGCCAUCGACAAGGCGGUAGAAGCGAACGAGCUAUCGAUGGAGGUCGUGAUGGGCGUACGUCGCGAGUGCAUGGGCGAGGUCGUCGAGCAGGUGUGCGGCAUGGUUGCCGUGUUUCAAAAAGCCGUUGUGCUAGAGGACAGGACGACGCGAGGAGAGGGAGGAGGAGGAGGAGGAGCAGAGGAGGAGAAAGAAGAAGACGAAGACGAAGAAGCAGCAGAAGAAGGACAAGGGCAAUCGACGGUGGGCCGGCGACGACAACGACACGGCCGGAUCCACGGAACCGCCGUCCAUAGAGGCAUCGGGGGCGUCGGGGGCGUCGCUGGAGGCGCUGAUGACGGGCGUGCGAGAGCUGAGCGAGGCGGCGCAACAGCUGCGGGGUUGGCAGGCGGCAAGCUCGCAACUAUGCAGGCACGGCCAUUUGACAUCCGGCGCCCUGGACGCGUGGGAGGCGUCUCUGAGGUUGGGCAAGAGGCAGCUGCGGUCGCUGUACGCGCGUGUGGUCGACCUGCGCGUGGUGCAGCUGGAGUCGGUGGCGUGCUCCGUCCGAUAACGAGGCGGUCCGCGUCGAGGGCGAGCUGCGGCAGGUCGGCGAAGCGUACUCGACGGGGAAGUCAUGAACGGAACAAGGCCGGCGGGCCUAAGGCAACAGGCGUUUGCGGCUUUGCUUGCUUGUCGGGAUUUGGUCUUCCGACAGGCAGGCAGGCUGGCGGGCGGGUGAGCAUGACAACAUUGCAAGUACUCGCACAUUAUUGCUUUGGGUGCUGGAUGAAAGAGUUGGCCAAGUCAGCAGCGUGCGUCAGAAGACAAAAUCAAUACUGGAAGUGGUUUGCUGUACGGCUUACUCGUUCCCGGACCGAGACUGGCGUAGCACGAUACGAUGACAGCCAGCAGACACAGAAAACCAAGCCGGGCGAUGGUUGCUGGGGCGUUCCUCCGGGGGUGGGAGAGAGCCCUAGGUCAUUGGACGACGAUGGUGGAUGGAUCCGGCGGCGUCCGUCUCUGUUUGUCGGGGAGGCAUGGUAUACGUAA